UUGACCGCCACCCGUGAGCGAAUUGUUCGUUCGCUCUCGCUCUGCCGAUCGAGUUCAGUGAAGGAAGCCAUUUUAUUUCUUGUGAAUGUGACGAAAAUUUUUUUGGGAUAACUAGUUCUAAAUGUAAACGUGUCAAUGUGUGCCUGCAAUAAGUGUCUUUUGUGACGUGUGUAUGUGCUGUAAAAAUUAAGAAUGUCUGUGUUUCAAAUCGGUUUGUGUUGACCUGCCUCUUUCUUUCACGUUCGCUCAGACGGGCAUCGAUUAGUACAAGGUAGCCUCUAAUAACGGCAAAUCGAGGCACUGAAAUAGUUUGUGGUGUGCGCCAUGGGCAACAAUGCUGCCACCGCUAACAAAAAGGUGGACGCCGCCGAAAGCGUCAAGGAAUUCCUCGAUCAGGCCAAAGAGGAUUUCGAGGAAAAAUGGAAGAAGAAUCCUACCAACACCGCCGGAUUGAAUGAUUUUGAAAGAAUAAAAACGCUCGGGACGGGCUCUUUUGGACGAGUUAUGAUAGUUCAACAUAAACCGACUAAAGAAUAUUAUGCUAUGAAAAUAUUAGAUAAGCAGAAAGUUGUCAAACUAAAGCAGGUAGAACAUACAUUGAACGAGAAACGAAUUCUACAAGCUAUCAAUUUUCCAUUUUUGGUGAGCCUUAAGUUUCAUUUUAAGGAUAAUUCCAACCUCUACAUGGUUUUAGAAUAUGUGCCUGGAGGUGAAAUGUUUUCGCAUCUGCGUAAAGUAGGCCGCUUUUCAGAGCCUCACUCUCGUUUCUACGCGGCUCAGAUAGUCCUAGCGUUCGAAUAUCUGCACUAUCUGGACCUCAUAUAUCGUGAUCUGAAACCCGAGAAUUUGUUAAUUGAUUCGCAAGGUUAUUUAAAAGUAACCGAUUUUGGAUUUGCAAAGCGCGUCAAAGGCCGUACAUGGACUCUGUGUGGUACGCCCGAGUACUUGGCCCCUGAAAUAAUUCUUUCUAAGGGCUACAAUAAAGCUGUGGAUUGGUGGGCUCUGGGCGUACUUGUCUAUGAAAUGGCGGCUGGCUACCCGCCUUUCUUCGCUGAUCAACCCAUCCAAAUCUAUGAAAAAAUCGUAUCUGGCAAGGUGCGCUUCCCGUCGCAUUUUGGCUCGGAUCUGAAAGACUUGUUGCGCAAUCUACUUCAAGUGGAUUUGACAAAACGCUAUGGUAAUCUAAAAGCUGGUGUAAACGACAUUAAAGGCCAUAAAUGGUUCGCCAGCACUGACUGGAUUGCUGUCUUCCAAAAGAAGAUAGAAGCGCCGUUCAUACCACGUUGCAAGGGGCCCGGUGACACCAGUAACUUCGACGACUACGAGGAGGAGGCCCUUCGCAUCUCGUCGACCGAAAAAUGCGCAAAGGAGUUUGCCGAAUUCUGAGCGCACUCUUGGAGCCUGCGUACGGAAAAUCCCGUGAGUAGGUGUUUUGUUUUAGUGAACCUUCCUUGACAAAUGUCAUGGAGAGUGAUGAGUAUGUCUAUGCGACAGCUGGGGUGUUUAGACAUUUGUACCCGACACUGGUAUUUUGAAGUGUAAUUGCAGUAAGCAGAAGAUAGAACUGAUUUCUGAUGUUUGGUGGCAUUCAUUUUGCUUAGUGCCCUAUCAAGUUGACAAUGAGGCUAUGCGCAAGUCCUUAGACGGUUGGUGGAUGUCGACUGCAGGUAGCAUAGCUAGUAUUGUGAGCCCUCAAUGUCAGUGCCAUUUAUUCAGUAAUGGUAGUUUGCCUUUGAUAACAUUGAGAUCGUUAGCUUUAUUGAAUUUUCUAUUGUUUUUGUAAUGUGGAUACAAUGUGUAUUGAAGGAUUUUCUUGCUGCUUUUAGAAAUUGUCAGAUACUUGAAGACAUUACUUAAUUGUUAUAGCUAUCACUUAAUUUAGGCAUUCUUAUUUAUAUUUGUAAAGAUUUUUCUGAUAAGCUCCAUGAUGUUGCUUAUUUAACAAAUUUUCUAUAACAACAUUUUGCUGUUGAUAUUAUCUGUUAAGCAAAUAGUGAGCAUAUCUAUUCUUUAACCUUAAACACUUAUAGGAAUGUUGUUUUGUAAACGUUUUAAUUAUUUGACAUUUUGUUAUUGGUUUUAUUUAGAAAAUUAUAUUGUUAAAUCACAUGAUAUUUUAGUUAGGGGAUAUCUACUUGGAGGAGAAAGAGAUUAACUUAUUACAAUUGUAUGUAGUGUUCAGUUGUGCAAUUCAAGCUUGUUUGUGAUCUGAUGUGAGUAAAACUUUAUUUUAUAAGUGUAAUUUGUAUAGUUCCUUUAUUAGUGAAUGUACAGUGUAUCAGGCGGAAACCAGCUACUUUAGUCAGGUUAUCCCAAAACCCAUCUCUCAUUAACAUCAUCGACAAAAAGCAAUAAAUUUACAUACACACAUUCAAUUUAAAUUGUAAGCACAAAACUAUGAGAGAAUUUGUGUGAUAAAUUAAUUCCCAAAUAUAGGUGUACUAGGAUUGUAUUGUAAUAGUUUAUUAUAAAUAGUUUGUAUAGUACAUGAAAAUAUGUAUAUCAAUCUUGCUAUGUGAGCAUGAAUGCAGGAAGUAAUGUCUUAAUUCUUCAUAAUAUAUAACAGGAUGGUACUGAGAGAUAGUGGUUUUGGAGGCUACAAUCAUAAACAUCAGCCUUACGGUCAGUUUAACAAUUUGAUAGCUAUUAGACGUAGUACUUUGAAUCCAGGCUGUACAAAUAUCAUAUAGUUAUUUGUAGUGAAUUUAACAUAUUGUGGUAUGUGCGCGUAUGUGUUAAUAGUCAUUAGUUUAGGUCCUGGAAAGGUUACUUAACUUUGCACAUUCAUCUUGUUAAACAAUACCUAUGGACUUAGAGUUACUGUUUAGGUUUUUUAGGAAUUUGCAAGAUCAUUCAUGUUAUGCUGAAUCCAAAGUCAUAUCAAAGUAAAGAUAAACAUCUUAUCAUUCUUAAAUUAUCUCGCAAAUUAGUAUAGUACUGACCAAUUUGCUUAUCUUCAUAUUUAAUCUUUUACAGGUUAGUUAAAUAAGUUACCUAUGUGUACUAAUUCUUUAAAUUAUAUUAUUAGAAAUAAAUUUUUGCUAUAAAACAAUGUCUUAACUAAUGGAUUCUUAAAAUUUUAUAAAUAUCGUGUAUUUAACCUUCAUUUAUAUAUAUCGUUUUUGAAAGAUUUCUUUUCGUGCCAUAUUUGGUUAAUUUUAUAAUCAUCAUUUGUUUUAUAUAUUACCAGUGAUUUGGUGCUUUGUAUUAAAAUCAGUAUUAACAAGCAGGAUAAAUAAAUAUAUUUUUAACAUGCAGUGUAAAGCAGGCAUUUGAAAUAUUGGGGAUAAAAAUUGUGAAUACAUAUUGGAAUGAAUUUAUUAUUGUUUCAAAUUAUUGCCAUCCCACUGCAAAGUUCAGACAUUGUUUAUUAGUGUAACAAUUUACAGAGUUGUUUCUAUACUCAUGUCAAAUUUAAUAACCUGUUCCUGUUUAGGCAAUACUUUUGAUUGCAUUAUAAAAUUUAUAAGAAAUUAAUGAUGUGUAUUUUAAUGACUAUCAUCAUUGUAUAUAACACUAGAGUGAUUGUGCCCCGUAUAAUAUUAGGAUAUUUAAUAUUGGCUUUGAUUAUUGCAACACUUCAUUCCAUUAGCUUUCAACAUUCACUCAUUGCCAUAAUAUAUUCUUUGAUCUUUCUAAUGUGAACAUUUUAGUUAUUUCAGAUAUCACAUUGUGGUAUGUCCUGCGAGCUGUCUUUUUAUAUCUGCAUACUAAUUUAUAUUAAAAUGUUCAUGUCUAGAUCUAUUAUAUCGAGUGCCUAUAGCAUUGAAAUUCAAGUGUAAAAAGUCAGUUAUUUUCAGUAAUUAUUUGUCACCAUGUAUUGAUCUUCCAUAAAUUACGAUGAAAUUAAAAUAUCGAUGUAACAGUAAAA